UGAAAUUAUAUUGGUGUGAUGUUGUUAUAUCAAUUGGCUGAAGGAAUAGUGAGAGUAAAGAGAAGGGGGUCGUUGGGACAGUAUACUCAAAAAGGGGUGGGUGGAUAUUGAGUGGCGCAGGGUUGAGGUUUCAGUUGCCCCCUUUUUUUUAUUGGGCAACACAGUUGCCCUUUUAUUAUGUGGUCACAAAGAAAGGAUUUCCUAAAAGCCAAAAACCAAAGAAAAGGGCAAAAAAGAAAGAAAAAGAAAUUGACCGGCAGGAAAAAGAAAAAAAGAAAAAGCAAAGCUAGAAUUAGUAGAACAGUGAUACAGCAAAUAGAUAAACAAUACAGAUGCAUCUAUAUAUAUAGAGAGAGAAGAAGCACAAUAAUAAAAAAAAAUAAAAAUUAAAACCCUCUCUCCCUCAUCAUUCUCUCUCUCUAUCUCAGCUAAGACAUCGAAGAAGUUGAAUAGCAGCAGCGAAGCAGAAGGAUUCUCAUACUUUUUCCUUUCUAAUGGAUCCAUUCGAUUAUGUUUCGUCCAUAAUCGAGCUUCGUAAAGGGUUUGGGUGACAUUGACUGCAUAGUUACACCAUCUUAUAAUUAGAAGUUUAAUGACGUAUGUAGUGACCCUCUUUUCUUAACCAACUAACAAGAAAAAAGAAAAAAAGUAUAACGAAGAAAAAAGAAUGAGCUUAUCAGGAAAAGGGACUCCUACCUGUGACAAAAAGCUAACCUUAGCAAAAGCGACAAGCUUGAAUCCAAAUGCCGCAGAAUUUGUACCCUUUGCACUCAGAUCACCCUCAGGUAGCACUAGCAGCACCGAUGCAUCAAAGUUUGCUAAUUCCACUAUAACUCUGGGAAAAGCUGUACUGGAUAGAUCAGAAUCAUCUGCUUCAAACAACUCAGAUGAUGAAGCCCACCAGUAUUGGCGUCGCCAGCUCCCGGAUGAUAUUACACCGGACUUCAAUGUCAUGGGAGAAGAAGAUUCUCAUGGAAUCAGCAGUCUUCCAUUUUCUAGAUUAUCAGCAACUGAUGUCAAUGAAGCAUCAGUAUUUCCUGCCUCAACUGGCAGUGGGUUCAUGUUGAAGGACCAGCAGGAGUUAUCUCCUAACUGCAUUAAUGGGACUAGUUUUGUUGAAAAGACAGGAUAUCCUGUUAAAUCUUUUGGUGAAGAUGCAUCCUCAGCUAGUUUUCAUCUGCUUUCUAAACCCUGGGACAAGCCAUCUCUGACCAAUGACCAGCCUUUUGCCAAUAUUAGGGAGGGGCCUCAUUAUAAUGGGAAUUCAGGAAACAGCUUCUUUGCAGACAUGAUGAAUGAGCAACCAUUUUUUGAAGCAGAUAUAAAUCCUCUUGAGUUUUUGUCCUCUCAGUUUCCUGGUUUUGCUGCUGAAAGUCUUGCAGAGGUGUACUAUGCCAAUGGAGGUGACUUGAAUCUGACAAUUGAAAUGCUUACUCAGCUUGAGCUUCAAGUUGAUGGUGCAUUGAAUCAAAAUAUGAAUUCAAAAGCCUUGUCUGCUCCAAAUCUUAGUGCUCUGGAUUUCCCUGCUCUCUCUGUGGCAGAAAAUCAAAAUAACAGCCUUAAGUACUCUGGCACUGAUGUUCAACAAAAUGUCAAUCCCUAUAGGUCUUCUGAAAAAGAGAGCACCUUUCUGUUUAGAUCUGGCUCUUCCAUCCCUUUUCGAGGUGCUACAGAUUUUGCAUCUGCUGUCAGAAAGAUGGCAUCUCAGGAUUCUAGCAUAUGGAAGUAUGAUAGGACUGGAGUAGCUGAGGGUAGUGUUGGAUCAAGUAGAAAUUCACCUGCAUUGGCUAGCUCUUACAAUGGUGGGCAGAGUAGAGGAGUUUAUGGUGAUAGGUUGCAGAGCCGAGGUUCCACACGUGCAGCUCCAGUAUGGCUUGAAACUGGAGAAUCAGUUGCAAAUAUAUAUUCUGAAAUGCGGGAAGAGGCUCGUGACCAUGCACGCUUACGUAAUGCAUACUUUGAACAGGCUCGUCAGGCAUACCUUAUUGGUAACAAGGCUUUGGCCAAAGAACUGAGCGUCAAAGGACAGCUUCACAACAUGCAGAUGAAGGCAGCUCAUGGGAAGGCUCAAGAAUCUAUAUAUCGCCUAAGGAAUCCAGAGAUGCAGGGAAAUGGGAGAGGACAAGAGAGAAUCAUAGAUCUGCAUGGUCUUCAUGUUACUGAGGCUAUUCAUGUCCUAAAGCGUGAGCUGUCUGUGUUGAGGAAUGCUGCCAGAACAGCAGACCAGCGAAUACAGGUUUACAUUUGUGUCGGAACAGGACACCAUACAAAGGGUUCGCGUACUCCUGCUAGGCUUCCUAUUGCAGUCCAGCGUUACCUGCUAGAGGAGGGCCUUGACUACUAUGAGCCACAACCAGGGCUUCUCCGAGUUGUAAUAUACUGAGUUGUGAAGGUACAGUAGUUUUUGACACAUCAUUACCCUAGAAAUUCCAUCAGACGAGGAAAAAGAAAAACAAAAUUGUUGUACCUGUAAAUGGGAGGAACGGAUGAUUAGUGCAAAUUCUGGAAAGGGAAAAUGAAAAUGUGAAAAAAGAAGUGGAAGAAAAUUGUAUCAUUAAGAUUUAGUUGUUGGAUAGGAGGAUACAUUUUGUAGCUUGCGGGGACUUGCAUCGGCCCGCCUUCGAUUUUGUAACUUUUGUUCUUUCUAAGAUUCCUUAUCAUUUUGAUUAGCCGAUGUAACUGAUAGAAUUAUUUCACGUGAAAGCUGAAAUUUGCCAAGUCUUUUAA